GCUAUUCUUCGUUUUUUAUCAUGGAGCGGCCACUUUGCCAUUACUGUCAACGACUCAGUCAUUACAUCAGAGAGUGUCGUACGAGGAUGCGAGACAUGGCGCGCAAUGAGCAGAACGCACAAAACUUCAAUAACCAAGCCUCUUCUUCGAACUCUCCACCGAUUUUUCAAGCUCCAGGUGCUCUCGUUCCAUACCAGCCACCUCCGAAUGACGGCAGGAGUAACAAUAAUUCAAACGUCAGCAAUAACGACAGCGGUUACUAUAGUAGAGGCGCUGGAGGGUACUCUGGAGGGUAUAGGAGAUCGUGGAACCAUGACAGCAGAGAGAAGGGUGACAGAUUCGAGAGAAUGUGGAGUUGGAUGUCGAGCAAGAUGCAAGAAAGAGAACGCGUUAAGAAGGAGCAAGAGAGGAAGGCGAGGGAUGAGGAGGAAGGGAGGAGAGUGAGAGAACUGGAGGAGAAGAAAUUGGCGGAGCAGAAAGAGCGUGACGACUUCAAAGCCAGUAUCGGAGCGAUGGUUCAGAACGAGAUGCAGCAGGCAUGUGAGCAGGUCCUAGGACGGAAGGUGACUGUCGGAGAGAAUCCACUAGUGGCUGCUAUGCAAGAAGUUUGUAGAAGAACGGUAGAAGAAUCGCGAACAGCAAAAAGUGUCGGUAAUAGCUGGGAGAAACUCGACGUUAUCGAGAAGUUGAAGCAAGAUAUUGACGAGCUAAGAAGGCAAACGCAACGUAAUGUUCAGCCAGAUCAGGGGAUUACGACACUAAAAACGGAUAAUCAGCUACUGAUUCAAGAUCUUAUCCACCUGAAAGAAGAAGUCGAACAUCUUAAGCGUGGGGAGAAACGGGCGUCUGAUGCGGUCACGGAAAAGAGCCCACCGGAGGAGCCAGCGAGAGCAAAAUCGAAGAAUCUAUCGGAGCCUACACCGGCAGAAUAUGUGAAGCUGGCAGAAGCAUAUCGGAGGAUUCGUGAUGACAAGGACGUGGCGGAACGGGAGAUACAAGCACUGAAAGAACGUACCGGUAGAAUCGUUAUUCCUACCUCAAAUUUAAGAACCAAGAAAUCGAUGUUCAGAAGCGGGAGACCUACAAAUCUCAAACACCGGUUGAAUAAGGAGGCACAAAAAGGUGGUGGUGAGGGAGCAUCAGGGGGGAAGCCUACCCCAAUUCGAUUUGUGAAGAACAACAAUGAAGAUUGAGAAUCGUUUAGGAGGCGUGUGUGCAGAGAGUUAUGCAAAUGUAAGAAGAAGGAGAUCGAGAUACUCUGUAAUGAAGAGAAGAUUGCCUA